AUGCUUUCUCGACAGGAUCACGAGAAGCGUCUGGAGGGAGACAAGUUGAUGAAAGAGGGAAACUACAGAGGUGCCGCCAAGAUCUUUCGACAUCUUUUGGAGACGCUGGAUCGAGAUGGACAGGGCAACCGCUACGCUCUCUUUCAUGCACUGCUUUGCCUGGGAGACUUUAAGGAAGCAGAGCAACUAGCUGACAAGCACAGUGCUGAUGGAGAUGAGCUGCCGUUUUUGUAUGGUUAUGUAGCGAUCAAGUACUUGAAAUUCAAGCUCGGAUAUCUUGCCGAAAAGGAGCUGGAUACGGCCCUCAUCAAGGCUUUCCAAAUGAAUCAAUUUGUUCCAGAAUACCUGCUUUUGCUACGCACAUCAUCUGGCUUGCCAGAAAUGCAAAAUCCCCACAGCUAUACGGUGUCUACCAGAAGUGAAGCUUUGCACUAUGUCCAUUCCGCCAAGGACGUCUGGUAA